GUCUUCCGGAAAAAAAAAUAGCAGACGACGUUGCGGACGAGAGUUCGUAUUGCGAAAACAAAAUAUGCUAAAUAUCAAAAACGUAACAAACAGAAUGCGUGCGUGCCAUUUUUCAAUAAUUAAACGGUUCGUUACUUCAAGGACUUUUAGCUAUAUACAAGGUCAAUACUUUGAGGGAAGAAUACGAGAAUACUUUUAUUAUAUUGAUCACCAAGGCCAGGUUAAUAUUUAUUAGGAUAUGCCGAAAAAUUCUAAGAAAAAUAAUUCUUUAAAAUACUAUUUAUAAAUUUCACGCAGCUAUUCCUUGAUGAUGCAAAAAUGAAAAAUUUUACAUCUUGCUUUAAAGAUGCAAAGUUUUUGAAAUUUUUUUUCGAACGUCUAAAACCGAAUGACACCGGUAGAUUCGAACAAGAAUUUCCUUUUAUCUCGCCUUGUGGACGUGAAAGGAAUUACAUUAGGUGUGAUGACUGUCCAAUUGUAUUUACUCACGUAAUAAAAGGAGAAAAUUCUGAUCUUCUAUCGUACGGUUCUACCCUUCACGAUUCACUUAGUAUUAACUUUGAACCAGAAAAAGUAUGCAUGUUGCCAUCUACUGGCAGAAUAUAUCACCCUGCCCCAAAGAAUGGAGGAGGAGUAGGGCUACUUCGUUCAGCGCUGGCAAUAGAAUGGAGAGACUAUAAGGAAUUUGUGAUUCCUGAAGAAGUUGUGAAAGGUGAACAACUUGAUGUAGAUAUUCCUAUGAGAGGUAUAAGGAAUACGUUACACCUUACAAAAUCUAAAAAUAUUCACGCUAAUCCUGUUGUUACAUUUUUGGAUGAUUAUAAAUUAAAGAUUCCUCAAAAUAAAGAUAUUUUCUUUUAUCGAGAUGUCUCAACAAGCUCAAGUAUAUCCAUGAAGUUAAAAAAGUAUGGAUCAUUAACUGCCCGAGAAUUCAAAGGUUCAUUUGUAUAUAAAAACGAACGUUAUAAUAUGAGACCAAUUCAACCUUCUGAUACUCCCCCGCAAAAUCUAACGUCACUUCUUGAGAGGUUAAACUCAGGUAAAAUUGUUCGAAGACGUCGGAGGAAAAGAAGUGCAAUUCUAGCUGUUAUGCAUGUCAUUUCAAAGCCCAUUCACCUUCCUCGCACACCUGGCAGCAGUGUUCCAAAUCCAUUUAUUCCGGAUAGUGUUAGUACUUCGGAUUUAACUGGACAUAUUAUCGGAGAGUAUUCUUUUAGCUACAGAUCUAAAUCUAGUGGAACAGAAAAACCAGCUACAUAUCCCGAUUACAAUAUAGAAUUAAUGCUCCUACUCGAUCAUACUGUCUGGGAUGCAGCCGUCCAAUUUGCUGAUAGAGAUGAACAGAGAGCUGUCGCUAAUCUGAAAUAUGACUACGCCCACAUUGUAAACACUGUGGAUACUGUUUACAACUCUAUAUCACCAAACAAUGAUUCUUUCGCUAUAAGCGUUUGGUUAGCGGAAAUACGAAUAGCUCGACGCUUGACCGAUUUAAGAGAUACUGUUUACUCAGAUGACAGCUUUAUUAAAUUUGACUUUAUUGAUAGAAAAACACAAGUUAAUGCUCAAAAAGUUUUAAGGGGACUUCAGUAUUAUAGACGCGAUAACGGUUUAACUCACGCGUAUCCUGAUCAUUUACAAUUUAUAACUAGAUAUGAUUUAGUUGGUGCUAAAGAUGGCACUUUUAAGCCUAGUCUUAUUGGAAUAGCUAUAAACCGAGGAGUUUGUACGAGUUUCCUUUCGAAUUCUGCAGUUGAAGAAUUAGGAGUAUAUACUUGGUUCGUCUCUGCUCAUGAAAUGGGACAUAGUCUUGGGGCUUUUCACGAUGGAUUGGAUAACUCGUGUUCGUCUAAUGACAAAUAUCUCAUGACACCACUUGUCGGAGAAAGACUUGAGGUUUCUCAACUUGCUAACGCUUUCUCUCUUAGUUCUUGCUCGAAAGAGGAAAUCCAUCGUUUAGCCACUGGAACAACAGAUGGCUAUCCUCGCACUUGUCUUUACAAUCGACCUUGCCAACAUGGUCAAGAAAUUCCAGACAUCAACGGGAAGCCACCUCUUGGAAUAAAAUAUGAUUUAAAUCUUCAGUGUCGAAUCACAGUUGACGUUGAUUCUCGAUUCUGUGAGUCAGGGCAAGGAGAUAAAAACAUUUGUCAUGUUCUCAGAUGCUACAAAGAUAAUCUCAAAAGCUGCGUACCUUACAGUCCAGGUGCUUUCCCUGGCACCACCUGCGGAUUAAAUCAUUGGUGUUCUGGAGGAAAAUGCGUGGAGAGGACAGUAUCUACACCAAAACCGAAGGAUUGUGUUAGGGUUGAGGUUCCAACUAAUUUACCUGACGGCUGUGAAGAUGAUCCUACUUUUAAAAAAUCCGUUGAAAUUGAAAAAGGACACAUCCUGGGACCAUUCGAACUACCUUUCAAAACCGAGGAAUCAACAACACAAUCAGAAACCACAACUGUGUCACCCUCUCUUUCACCCUUCAGUACAACAGUCGAUGUAACAACUGCGAAAAAAACAACUUCAAAGGUUGGGACUACUACAAAAAUUGAAACUACUACAAAAGAAACUGAAUCAACAACAAUUGAAUCUACGACAAAAGAAAUUACUUCUACAGAUCAAAAGUCGACCACUGCACAAACAAGUUCAAUAACUACGACGGAAACGAAAAUCGCUAGUACAAUGACAUUUCCUUCUACAACAGAAAGCAAAAGAACUACAGAGAAAACCACCCAAAAUGAAAUUACCAAAACAACGCAAGGGCAAUCAACUGCAACAACCAAAAAAAGUACAACUACUAAAUUAGAUUUGACAUCUAAAAAAGAAAUGACCACUUUAAUAAUGACAACCCAAGGAGCUACGAAACUUACAGACAAUCCAAAUUGUAAAGACAAUCGUAACGACUGUAUUUAUUAUGCGAGAGGCGGUUACUGCCAAUUACGACCAAAUGUAAUGAAAUUGGAAUGCCCUAAAACAUGUAAUCUGUGCGACAGUACACCUAGAACAACCCCAUCAACGACAUGUGUUGAUUUCAGAGAGGAUUGUCGCUAUUUCGAAAAUCGCGGAUAUUGUCAGACUCAUGUCGACAUUAUGGCAACAACUUGUCCGUCUACAUGCAACUUAUGUGAUACUGGUCCUGACGCUUGUCGCAACGAUCCUUGCAAAAAUGGCGGUGAUUGUAUAAGGAGUGGUGAUGGAUUUUCCUGCGUUUGUAAACAAGGUUAUAAAGGAUAUCUUUGCGAAGAAGUCGAUGUUUGUCAUAUCAAUCCGUGCCUAAAUGGAGGAACUUGCGAACAAAUCGGAAACAUUUUUAACUGUAUCUGCCUACCGUCUUUUACCGGCAUUAAUUGCUUAACAAAUAUAUGCUUAGAUACAUGCGUUAAUGGACAGUGCACAGAAGUCAGUGAAGGAACUUAUGACUGUGAAUGUUUAUCGGGAUAUACAGGACCAACUUGUUCCGAGAAAGUUCAAGAUUCAUGUAAUCCUAACCCGUGUAAAAUAGGAGCGAAAUGUUUAAACAAGGGAGAAGAUUUCGAGUGUGUUUGUCCACAUGGAUACACUGGCAAAAUUUGCAAUGAAACUGUCGAUCCGUGUUUGUUAUUUGAAGGCUGUAAAAAUUCUGGUGUUUGCAAAAAAAUCGAUGAUCAAACUGUUACGUGUAUUUGCCCUGCAGGUUAUACAGGUCCGUAUUGUGAGUUAGGAAAUGGUACAGGUGUUUGCUCUCCUAAUCCUUGUGCAAAUAACGGUGACUGUCAGUUUGAUUCCGUAUCAAAAAGUUAUAAAUGUACCUGCAAAAGUGGAUUUGAAGGAGAAAAGUGUGAAAAUAGAAACCUAUGUUUCUAUUUUAACCCUUGCAAGAAUGAUGCACUUUGCCUACCAGUCACACAAUCGUCAAUUCGUUGUGUUUGCCAAGCAGGAUAUGCCGGCUCAAUUUGUGAUCUUAUGUUAAAUCCUUGUUCGGGUACUAGUUGCAUGAAUGGUGGAACAUGCCAGGCUCUUAACGGCACGUCUUAUUCCUGCCAGUGCCCAAAGGGCUACACCGGCAGCCGUUGUGAAGUGUCACCACUCACUGAAACCGCUACUAAAUCUAUCACCCAAUCGAUUACUUCACCAACUACGGAAAGUAAUUCUACAACACAAGUGGUGUUAAACACAAAAAUUAGCACACAAGAUGUCACAACACGAGAGACCACUGCUCAAAAGGUUACAACUCAAGAAAUCACAACACCAGAGGUUACAACAGAUAACAAAGUGCAAACUAAACAAGAAGACACAACUUUCUUUGAAUUAACAACCUUAAAACCAACUAAUAAUUUCGAUAUCACGAGCACACCCUCAAUAACAUCUCCUAAAACGGUUAUCUCGAACUGCAAAGAUGUAAGACGUGAUUGUGAUUGGUUUAAAGGUGCAGGUUUUUGCACACCACCUAAUUUUAGGGAAUUUAUGAAGAGGCUAUGCUCAAAAACGUGCCUCUUGUGUGAAGAACUGAAUCCCUGUAGCAUAAAUCCCUGUAUUAAUGACGGACAAUGUCAAGUAGACGGAAGCGAUUUUAAUUGCACCUGCACGGAAAAUUACUAUGGAGAUCGGUGCGAACUAAUUAAGGCUUGCAGAACUAAUCCUUGUUUGAAUGGAGGAUAUUGCGGUCUAGAUGAGAAUAAUAAGGUUAAAUGUAAUUGUAAGAAAGGUUACUCAGGAAAAAAUUGCGAAAACUAUGCCUGCUCGUCUAAUCCUUGCCAUCAUUCCGGUUCGUGUAGCGUAGACGAUAAUGGAAAUGCCAUCUGCUCCUGCAAUUCGGAUUACAUUGGAGCAUUAUGCGAGAUUGGUCCAUGUCCUAAAUGUAGAAACGGUGGACUUUGCGUCGUAAAUGAGCAAAAACAAGCUAGUUGCAGUUGCCGUUAUCCUUUUACAGGCAAACUAUGCCAAUUAGAUUUAUCCGCUUGUUUUAAUAGUCCUUGUGGUCCUAAUGGUAUAUGCGAGCUGAUUCCUGAAGGAAGCUUCCGUUGCUCAUGUAAAAACUUUUGGACAGGACCUCGAUGUGAAACUAGAUUGGAUGUAGUCACCAGCUCAUGCAUGGAUUUAUAUCCUGAGGAAACCUGUAUCUUCUAUAGAGACACACCAGGUUAUCAUUUAUGCAAUUUCGAUGAUCCAAGGAUAAAGAAUCGCCCGGACAUUAUUAAAACAAUGAAAGAUAAUUGUGCUAAAACAUGCGAUCUAUGCUAA